AAUACAUUGCACAAAGAAACAGAAAAGUGCGAACACAACAACCAUUGCUAAACACAGAGCUCCAUGCAUGACUGAUUUGAUCUGGGUUUGGUCGAGCUAAGGCCUGUUCUCUGUUCAUGAGAAGCAGCUGAGGAGGAAAUUCAGUCCCAGUAACUACCAGAAGAUGGGGUCAUUUUUCGCGAAGAAAUCUCCUCCACCGGAGGAGAAUCGUCAAAGCAGAGUGACUGAUCAGGACAAGGCGGUUUUGGGCUUGAAGCAACAGCGUGACAAGCUGAAGCAAUAUCAGAAGCAGAUCGAAGGCAAGCUGGAGAAGGAUCGCAAAGUUGCCCGUGACCUGCUCAAAGCUGGCAAAAAAGACAAGGCUCUGCUACUGCUGAAGAAGAAACGCUAUAUGGAGGGCCUGCUGACGAAGACCGACAACCAGAUGAACAACCUUGAGGAGAUGGUCCAAACUCUUGAGUUUGCACAGAUCGAAGUGCAAGUCGUGCAAGGACUGGAGCAAGGCAAUGAAUCACUAAAGGCUCUGCAUGAUGUCUUCUCGUUGGAGGAUGUUGAGCGUAUCAUGGAUGACACACGCGAUGCUGUGGAGUAUCAACAGGAAAUCGAUUCACUUCUCGGAUCCAGCCUGACGAACGAGGACGAGGAAUCUGUGCUGCGUGAGCUUGAGGAGCUGACAGCUGCACAGACUGCGGCUGAGCCAGCCGACGAUAUGAGGCUGCCCGAUGCACCGGCAACAGAGCCACAGGAUCUUGAAGCGCCGGCCAUGCCUGACGUGCCCAGCGCAGAACCGGGCGAGGCGAAAGCCACCGAGGAAAGGACCAUGCUGGCAGCCUAAGCUAUCCGGACAGGCAAUACUAUGGCUGGUGAGGCUGUGCUACCAGGUCUUCUCAGAUAGUGUGGGACGUAACCUCGCGAGCGCACACGUGAUCUUGAUGUGUAUAUACACGGGUACAAGUACUACAUGAAAACAGAUUUAUUCCCGAGCUGGCGUGACGCGAGUGCCCACGCGCAGCGUUGUGUGUGCAGUGUUGUUGGCUUGGUGUCUUGAUUCGCUACCACCUGGCUUAUCCCUUGUUGAUACAUGCACAUGUGUAUACGCAUAGCCUGCUGCCACUGGAUACGAGUACAUGUAUGUGUACAGUGGGUCCCAGAUCUUGCCAAUCUGCGGCAUCGGAGCACCGCUCGGUGACAGUGCUCAUUCUGACCUGAGCCUUUACUGCUGCUACUUCUGCUGUUGUUGCUACCCACAUAGCCUGAACACUCUCAGGCAAUGACUACGGCAUGCGUACACAUCUUAGGCUAGUUUUUUUUAUUGACGUCCAAUGUCCGACUUGUCAUGGAGCUGUGUCAUACCCAGCCGUGCCCUCUCUCGUACGUACUGUAUGCCGACAAGGCACGCGCACCGUAUGUGCAUCGUACUCCUUGUGUUGUAUGCCAGAUGCUAGCUAUUGCUGUAGGCUGCGCCAGCUCCCACACCUCUGCGUGUGCGGUGAGCCGUGAUGUAGUGACCUUUGUUUGGCACCAAGGCACUCCGUUAUUCCCACUGGCACUAACAAGGCUUGUCACAGAUCUGUUUCAUGCCCAGUCGUGCCGGCAAGCUUGCACACCGACCGACGUCUCCUCGCUUUGCCCGCUCCCCGGCUAGUUGUUGGCUGAUAACUCUUGCUUGCGCGCACCACCAUCCCUUGCCACUGCUGAACAGGCAGGUACCCAUAGCACAGCUAGUCUUCAUUCCUUGCCUACGUUGCCACUGCUCUGAGAGUUCAUAGCUACCACUGCUGCUACUGCUACUAUUGCUUUUGCUGGUGCUAUUGUUCAACCUUUCUUUUUUUUUAAAUAUUUAAUUACUCUUUUCUUUUCUUUUUAGAACAGAAUGCCUUCUUCUUUGGUACUUGAAACUUGCUCUGCGUAUGCCUGUCAAUAUAUUUCCUUAUUUUUUAUUCGUCUAAUGUUAGUCCAGGGUUUUAUUAUCCUUAGAAGACAAAAUUUGUCCGGAGCCUCAGUCUGCAGCAUUGCCUUCGUUUUUAUACAAAAUUAAUUGUGAUAUCAAAUCAUGAAUUUUUGACAGCGUAUUUUCUUCUAGCAUACAUGUACACGUGCCGGUAGUCUGCCAAACCUGAACAGCAGUCUUGUUGUGUGUUCUCGACAAUCGCUCUCUCUCAUUGUACAUUGUACAUAGAACACGCUCUGACUGGCGCCUGUCCGCCGUCAUCUCCC